AUGUCAAGCCCAGUAUUCUCGCCCUCCGUCAGCGUUGUUCAACGAGCUACCAGUGCAAGGACUGACCUGGAGAACUUAAUCCCUGCGGUAUGGAAUCUACCACAGGAAGAACGUGUCGAAGAAACCUCGGACGCAUUACUGGACUACUACAAUGGUCAGCUCGUUUUGAUCGAGGCAUAUCGACUCAAGCUACAGAUAAAUGAAGAACUUGUCGGUUUUAUCGACUUUGUCAAGGCCAACGUGAACUACACGAAGUCAAAGCUCAUUCAGGCAGUCGAGACGCAUUACGCUGAAAUAGGACCCGCUAUCCCCGCUAUUGCUGUAGCAGUCCACCUUUGGCUGUUCAUCUCUAUCGAAGACUGGGACGACAAGCGAACGCUCGAGCAGUACAUUCAGUCUCUUUUUCCAAAAUCUCAGGAUUUCCCGAUGCCCCGUCAUUUUUGUUAA